CUCGAAGAAGAGGAGAUGAUGGAAGAAAGCAAAAAUUUCAGCUCUGAAAUUGAAGAUUUAGAAAAGGCCCCGAUCCUGGAAAGACUUGGAUGUGAGUUUACAUUUACCCAUUGUGAAAAGUCUUUGCAGGACUAAGACCUUAGCUGACUAAAGAAAACAAGUAAUUUAAUCAGUGUAUGAGUUGAACGAGAAAUUUUUAAAGGAAGGAAACAUGCCAUUGGAAGAUUUACUGGCAUUCUAUGGCUAUGAACCCACGAUUCCAGUUAUGGCGGGUUCCAGUGCUGAUAGCUCUCCAAGUGAACUUGCAGAUGAACUUCCAGAUAUGACUCUAGAUAAAGAGGAAAUAGCUAAAGACCUCUUGUCGGGUGAUGAUGAAGAAACACAGUCCUCUGCUGAUGACUUGACACCAUCAGUUACUUCACAUGAGGCUACUGACUUCUUUCCUCGGCCAUUAAGAUCAAACACUACAUGUGAUGGAGAUAAGGAAUCAGAUGGUGAAGAUCUAGAGGCAGACAAUGGUAAUUCAUCUGAAGAUUUGAGAAAGGAAAUAAUGGUUGGUUCACAGUACCAGGCUGAAAUUCCACCUUACCUUGGCAGAUACAGUGAUGAUGAAAAGGCCUAUGAAAAUGAAGACCAUUUACUUUGGAAACCUGAUGUGAUCUCAGAAAGUAAAGUUAAAGAAUACCUUUUUGAAACCUCCUUAAGAACAGGAAAUGAAAAAAUGAUUGGCAGAAUUCCUGAAGGACUACAUACCCGGGACAAUGAACAAGCACUGUAUGAACUUCUUAAAAGUAGCCAUAAUGUUAAAGAAGCAAUUGAGAGGUACUGCUCAAAUGGAAAGGCGUCUCAGGAAGAGAUGACAGCAUGGACAGAAGAAGAAUGCAGAAGCUUUGAACAUGCACUUCUUAUUUAUGGAAAAGACUUUCAUCUCAUACAGAAAAACAAGGUAAGAACCAGAACAGUUGCUGAGUGUGUGGCUUUCUAUUACAUGUGGAAAAAGUCAGAACGUUAUGAUUACUUUGCUCAGCAAACAAGAUUUGGAAAGAAGAGAUAUAACCAUCAUCCAGGAGUUACGGACUACAUGGAUCGUUUGGUCGAUGAAGCAGAAGCCCUUGGUGGCGCAGUGCAUUCUUCAGCCUUAACAUCUAAUAGUCGAACAGAAACCAUUCCUGAUCAACAGUUAAGCAUUCUGAACUCUAUCACUGCCAAUGAGUUGACAGCAUUGACAAAUAGUGUAGCUACAGUCUGCCACACUUCAGAUGUGAACUGCCUGGAUGACACCUUUCCUCCUAUGGACAGCUUACCCCGAGCACCAGUUAAUCACGUGCCUGUUGGAACAGAAGAAUUGCUUAACUUGCCUAGCAAUGGUGAAAGUGAUUGUUUUAAUUUAUUUGAGACUGGCUUUUAUCAUUCAGAGCUAAACCCAAUGAACAUGUGCAGUGAGGAGACAGAAAGACCUGCGAAGAGAUUGAAAAUGGGAAUUGCUGUCCCAGAAUCUUUCAUGAGUGAUGUCUCUGUAAAUAACCUUGGUGUGGACUUCGAGAACCACACACACCAUAUUACCAGUGCCAAAAUGGCUGUUUCAGUGGCUGACUUCAGCAGUCUAUCUGCAAAUGAGACAAAUGGUUUUAUCAAUACCCACACUCUUCACCAACAUGCUGCCCUUCACUCAGAAUGACUGUGGAAAACUAAACAAACAGUGGGUACUUUAUGCAGUAGUAGUAAACUUGAUGGGAGCUAUCAGGUUUGCUUAGUCUUUCACUGGAAGUUUGAACUUUAUGACAUCAGUGAUGUCUUUGUAUGUAUAGAACUAUAUCUUGAUUUAUCAAGAGUAAUUUCUUUUUCAGUCCAUAAAUGUGGAAAUGUCAUAGGAUGU